GUCACGUCUGACUGCAGAGAUGGGGUGCAGGGCCCUCUGGCUCCCCCAAAAAACCCACCUGUGCGGACUCACUGCGGGAAGCGCACAGGGGGAUGGGGAUGCUGGAUGCUCCGAGGUCAAAUCCAGGAAGGUGGAAGCUGUGGAAGCUUCUUGCCCUGGUGUCCAGUGAGAUUCUUAAGUUUGUUUUUCCACUCUCCCUGCCCCCCCGACCUCUUAUCUCCCAUCUCCAGGGAACAGCGACGGGGGACCCUAUGGCAGACCCCACAUGCCCUGAGCCACCCGACGGAGGCUGGGGCUGGAUGGUGGUGCUGGCCGGCUUCCUCCAGUCGGCGCUGGUUUUUGGGGUGAUCCGCUCCUUCGGCGUCUUCUUCAUGGAGUUCGUGAGGUGCUUCGGGGAGCUGGCGGGGCGCGUCUCCUGGGUGACCUCCAUCGGGAUCGCGGUGCUGCAGCUAGGGGGUCCGGUGGGCAGCGCCCUCAGCACGCAGUACGGCGCGCGCCCCGUGGUGAUGACCGGGGGCUUCCUCUCGGGGCUGGGCAUGAUCCUGGCUUCCUUCGCCACCAGCCUGACCCACCUGUACCUGAGCAUCGGGCUGCUCUCAGGGCUGGGCUGGGCCUUGGUCUUCACCCCUUCUGUGGCUUCUGUGGCCCGGUACUUCGCCAAGCGGCGGACCUUCGCCACUGGCCUGGCUGUCUCCGGGGCAGGCCUGGCUUCCUUCGCCUUCUCCCCACUCUUCCAGCUGCUGGUGGACACCUAUGCCUGGCGGGGGGCCCUCCUGGUGGUGGCUGGCAUCUCCUUCAACCUGGUGGCCGCCGGGGCCCUGCUGCGGCCAUUGGAGCCAGAGGGCAAGGAAACGUCUGCGCUGGAGGCGGGGUGGCUGCGACUGCCAGCCUUCUCGUCCCUUUGCCGGCCACGCCUGGCCUGCCACAGGCCCUUCCUCCUGUUCGCUGCAGCCUUCGUCCUGGUGGACGCCGGCUACUACGUACCCUACGUCCAUCUGGUGCCCCACGCCCGGGAGCUGGGCUUUGACGAAUACCGAGCCGCCUUCCUCCUGUCCUCAGCCGCCGUGGCCGACCUGUGUGGCCGUGUGGCAGGCGGCUGGCUGGCCGACCGCCUCGCCGUCCGCCUGGUCCACAGCCUGACCGUCUGGACCAUCCUGACGGGCCUCUCCAUGCUGCUGCUGCCGCUGGGGCAGAUCUACUCCCUCCUAAUGGGCCUCUGCAUCUGCUACGGCUUCUGCGCCGGUGCCCUGGUGCCCCUCCAGUUCUCCGGCAUGGCAGAGAUCGUGGGAACGGGGCGCAUCAUGGAGGGGAUUGGGCUCAUGCAAAUGAUGGAAAGCGCUGGCUCCCUUGUGGGGGCCCCUCUGUCCGGUUGGCUGCGGGACGUGACUGGGGACUACACAGCCUCUUUCAUUGUAGCAGGGGCUUUCCUCCUCGCUGGAAGUUUGCUCCUUUUUGCCCUGCCAAAUUAUUUCUCCUGCUCCAUGGACUCGACAACUGAGGAAGAGACCAUGGGGGACCCCUGAGACUUUAGCUCCUGGGGAUGGGGGUUGUCCCAGAGAGCCAGAUUGGAAGUGAGAAGUCAGCAGGGAGCAGAGCUUCAAGUAUACGGACCCAGCUGAUAUGUGUCUUCUUCUUCGCUGACCAUCGUAAGGCGGUUGGAGGAUGCAUAAGAGACGGAAGGAGGGAGCUACCCAGUCCAGAUCCACUCCUCUUUGCAAGCUGGUGUCCAGAGCAUCCUAGAUCUUUCAGGCUAGAAAGGACCCCAAUGGUCCCCUAGUCUGAACUUCUGCACAGCCCAGAGAACUCCGGUCCACAUCUGGUGGUCGAGCUAACGGGUAGCUUUCGGUCUCGAUUGAAAAGGACAUGUGUGAUGGAGAAGACGCCACCACUCUAGGGGAAAUUGGCCCAGCUUGUUAAUUGCCCUCCCCAUGAAAAAAAUUGCAUUUGAUUGGCCCAGCUAGUGAAGGUCGUCUCCUCCCCUUGACCGUGUUUCUCUGUCUG